GAGGCAGACAACAUCUGCCGCUGUCGGUGCAAAACAAACACGCACGCGUAGGGAAACCAGUAGGUGUAAAAACCAGUAGGGAUGUAACACCGGCCCGGCGAGGCAGCGUUUCAUUCAUUCAUACUUCAGUGAUGUUAUGGCGAAACGUUUACCGUGUAAUUAACACAUUCACUUUCAGAUUCAGUUCAAAAGUUGACGUUCAAGUGUUCCGGCAAAUCAACAUGUUGUCCGUCGCAGUAUCUCAGAGAAUGGUUUGGGUCGACCUGGAGAUGACAGGUUUGGACAUUGAGAAGGACCAGAUCAUUGAGAUGGCCUGCAUUGUCACUGACUCCGACUUGAAUAUUCUGGCUGAGGGUCCCAACUUGAUUAUUAACCAGCCAAAAAAGCUGCUUGACGGGAUGUCAGAAUGGUGUAAAGAGCACCAUGGGAAGUCAGGACUGACGCAGGCUGUACAGGACAGUAACAUCACCCUGGAGCAGGCACAGUACGAGUUCCUGUCUUUUAUCAGACAGCACACCCCAGCUGGACAGUGUCCCCUUGCCGGAAACUCUGUGCAUGCUGACAAGAGGUUCCUGGACAAGUACAUGCCCCAGUUUAUGGAUCAUCUUCACUACCGAAUUGUUGAUGUCAGCACCAUUAAGGAACUUUGCAGGCGGUGGUUUCCAGAGGAAUUCAAAAUGGUGCCUCACAAGAAAGCAGCCCACAGGGCCUUGGAUGACAUCCACGAGAGCAUCAAAGAGCUACAGUACUACAGAGCCAACGUCUUCAAAGCCUCAGAGGACCAGAAGCAAAAGAUUGUAGAACAGCAUUAACAGUUAGCACUUUUGAAGGAAGCUAUGGAACCUGUGUUGUAUUCCCUUAUUUCUUUAACACUGUAGUUUCCUCAGUCAAUUGGAUUCAUGCGAUUGUUUCCAUUAGUUUAGUUUUCAUUUACAUUUAGCUGCUUAACGAUCCUUUGUUUCAGUAUUGGUAAAAAAAAUCAUUUUUUCAUUAAAAGGACAAAACUGUCAAAUCUGCUGUUUUGAAGCUCCUUUGUCAAAUCAUUACAAGAUCCACUUUUGUGCGGUUACUAACAUGUGUUUUGGGUGCUUAAAAUGUGUAAAGGCCUGAGGUUUUAAUGGAAACGGGAAACUGCCUUUCCGAGGCACGUCCCUUAAGAAAAUCCUAUAAACUGUAUUUUAUACAAGCUGUUUUCGAUCUAAAACGUCUUCUGGGGAAAAUGCAGCUUUGUGAUAAAUCUGUUUUUCAUGAAGAAAAUCUGAUCUUCUGAGGCACUAUGUAAACAAUAUUUACUAAAAAAAUAUUAAGUUCUAAUAGUAAAGUAGUAAAAGACAAAAAAAAAAGAACUUAACUUCUAGUGAACAAAAGCCUUGUAAAGAAAAUGCACCAUACUCUCAUUAAAAUGCUUAAAAUGUACCAAACCUGCUUAAAGCAUUUAACAACACAACGCUGGAUAAUAAUUAUUGAUAAAUUAUUGUUUAUUCUAUGUUGCAGCUAAUCUGUGUGAGUUUGGGACUGUUCACUGGCAACUUAAUGUUUAUGUUGCAGCUUGUAAUUGAGUAGUCUAAAAUAUAUAAUUGUGAAGAUCACAUAUGUCUGCCUUUGUUCCACGGCAGCAGUAAGAGAAAAACAUUUGGUUGUUUAUGUUUUACCCUUGAAUGCUGUAUGGGAAACGUUUAUUGGCGGACGUUGGGAUCGUUUGUGGGUAGUUGUUGUUGUUGUUGUUAUUAUUGUAGGAGCCAGAUCUAAUGUCAAUGUGUGGAAGGUACCAAAUUGG